AUGGACAAUGAAUUAAAACAACAAUUGGAAGACGAUCCAAGAAUUCAUUUGUGGUGGAAUGCUUAUUCUCUUAAUGGUACGGCACUGAGCAAUUUAGUUUACGCUAAUUAUGGGACUAAUGAUGAUUUUGAAUUGUUAAAAAAGUCAAAUAUUUCAAUAUCUGGAAAAAUUGUUUUAAUUCGUUAUGGUGGGAUUUUUCGAGGAGAUAAAGUAUUUAAUGCUGAGAAAAGAGGAGCUGUUGGUGUUAUAUUAUAUUCUGAUCCUGUUGAUUAUGUACUUGGAAAUGAGGCAAAUUUUUAA